AUGCAAACUUCUUCUGGACAAGAAACCCAAAACGCAUCAUCUACUUCUGAUAUCUUCUCUUCAUCGACUACACCGUCUUCAUCCAUCAUUGAAAGCUCAAUAUCUGCAUCCCUUUCUUCAUACGAAUCUAGCUUGGCAUCGUUUUCGGCUUCUCAAUCCUCUGGCUUCAUGACUAGCUUCUCCACAACUUCACUCUUAAGUUUUGAACCUUCAGAAACUCAAAGCACUGUCAUUCCAUCCGUUUCGAGUGCUGAGUCCUCGAGCUUUGGAGAUGGAACUUCCACUGGUAUUCCACCAGUUAAUAAUGUAGCUUCUGGUACAACUACAACGACUGAACAAAGUAGCUCAUUCACUUUGGAAUCAACAUCCCAACCUGAAAUUACUUCCAGUUCUGUAUCUUUGUCUUUGUCCGAACAAUCAUCUUUACCAGAAUUCACAUCUACUUUGGGGCCAUCAUCUCUAUCUGAAAAUUCUUCCACAAUUGGACAAUCUUCUUUGCCUCAAAUCAUAACUUCUUCCGAGUUAAGUGAAACAUCAUCUCUGCAGGUAUCUUCGACCGAGAUCCUCAUUGGCUCUUCUACUUUCCCUCUUGAAAGUUCCGGUUCCCAGACUGUAAUUUCCUUGACAAGUCCAGAGAGUACUUCUGAAGCACAAGAGACAUCAUCGAGUCUUGAAAGCCAAUCAUCUAUUUUGACUUCAGUGUUGGGGACUUCUAUUCCAUUGACCACUGAUAUAUUACCGACCUCUACAGGAAGUCUAGUUUCGAAUACAGAGAAUCCAUCAACUUUUGGAUUCGAGUCCUCAACAGGAAUACUUUCCAAUUUGGAAUCCAGUACAGUGAUCAGCCUACAAUUAUCUUCUACGACUGAAAUCCUUGAGUCAUCGAUCAUAACCCAGAUCUUCUCCACGAGUACCAUUGCGUCUUCUGAAAGUGGUUUCCAAUCGCUUACAGGAACAUUGGUCCAAUCAUCUGGAGCUGCAAGUAGUACAGCUGUUUUCUCUUCCCCGGCAUUAUCCAUCAUUCCUUCGAGCAGUGCACAGUUGAGUACACUCGAAGAAUCUAGCGCUGUCCUGCCCACCACACUUGUUAUUACUUUGUCGGAAUCCGCAUCUCCAAGUAUAGAGACCUCUGUUGAAAUAACGAGCACUUUCGUAGGGACACCAAGCCAGUCAUUCGAGGCCUCAAGUAAUAUUGGAUCGAUUACAUCUAUAGAGACUUUCAUUAGCACUACUAUAGUUAUCGAAUCAAGUAUUGAACCGACUCUCGGGGCUACCAGUAGCUUUAUAGGACCGCCCAGUCAGUCAUUUGAGUCAUCUAGCAAUAUUGGAUCCACUGUAGUUACAGAAACACUGGUUGGCACAUCUAAUUCUAUCGAACAAAGUUCGUUACCUACUGAAAGUAGUACUGGUAUUCCACCAGUCAACAAUGUAGCAUCAGGAAGUACCACGACGACGACUUUGGACAUUCAAUCCACAGGUGAUCUCACAACUGAUCUUGGUUCUGUUAUUUCUACGACUGGUUCAAUCGAAUCCAGCUUGGCGGAAGGCUCUAGCAGUACUCUCAUUGAAAUUUCGACAUCCACAGGGUUUGGAUUUGUUAGUUCAACACAGAUCUCGGAGAGUUUAUCUGAGAGUACCAUUCUUGGAUUCACAAGCAGUAUUGAAUCUAUUGUCUCCACGAUAGAUUCAAUCGAACCAAGUCUAUCUGAGGCAACUAGUAAUCUCAUAAGUCUUAUCCAAACUUCCAGCUCUGGAGUUGGGACCUCAUCACAACUGUCGGAGAGUGUAACGGAAAGUGCCAGUCUCAUCUUCACAAGUAAUAUUGGAUCUGUCGUUUCUACGGCAGUUUCAACGGAACCUAGCUUAUCAGGAGGGGUUAGUAACACCUUAGGACCUAUUGAAACAUCUACAGGUACUGAAAUCGUUACCUCGACACAAGAGAGCGUCACUUUCGAACUAACGAGCAGCUUUGGAUCUGUCAUUCCCACGGUAACUCUAAUUGGUACACCCAUCGAGUCCAGCUCAACUGAAGUCCUCAGUAACUCGGCGGGUACUGCUGGAUUAAGUACGGAUAUCAGUCAAUCAGUACAACUAUCGGAAACCUCUAACUUGAUACCCACAUUUACAGGCACGUUCGAGGUAUCGGUUUCAGAAUCAAGCCUUGGUAGUACUGCCCAAAUUACCUCCGGGUCCAAUUUGGACCAGUCAACAAGCCUACACGCAGCAACGAGUGAACCUUUAUCCCUUACGACGAGCAUUUUCAAUCCAUUAUCUAGCUCAACUGAAAUUGCUAGUACAUCGGAAUUAUUGAGUGGCGAACCAUCAUUGAUAGUGACUAGUAGUUUGCCAGUCAUCACCAGUGAAUUCACUUUGAUUCCUAUAUCCAGUUCGAUUGAAAUCAUCACCACCUCAGGAUUGCUAAGUGGAGAGUCAUCAUUGACUUCGUCUGCUAGCUUACAAGUUAUCACCAGUGAAGCGAGUCAAUCCGGUCCUGAAAGUCUUUUCUCCAGUACAAUUGAGAUCGUUACUGGUAGUACCUCUGAGCUAUUUACUUUGGAGUCAUCUUUCUCUUCGGGGGCCGCUAGUAUACCUAUAUCUUCUACAUCAGACACCUCAAUAGCACCUUCUACGACAAUCGGAACGAUUGGAUUGGAGUCUUCCACCACAGAACCUUCAUAUAUAUCAUCCAGCAAUUCCGAAUUCCUGUCUGAGACAGCCAAUUCUGCUUCUGCAAGCUUUACUGGUACCGAGUUAACUUUUGGUAAUGGUAUUGGACAAAGUGGUAGUAUUUACACAUCCACCACUAGCUCUGGCUUUGUAACUUUGACUGAGACUGCUGUAUUGAGUACAGAAGCUACUUCGACCUUGUUACUUGUGUCUUCCACAGGGAUUGAAACGACUGAUAGUGGCUCUACACUUCUGACUAGCGCGAUUCUAUCUACCAUAGUUUCUGAACCGAUUGAUAGCACUUCUUUGCCUGUCUUAGAAUCUCAAUCGAUUGAGAUAUCGAUUACUGCCAUAGAAUCUACAACCCUUGAGCCUUCUAGUCUUAGCAGUACACUGGAAACAAGCCCUGUUACAUCUCUCCCACAGUCAUCAUCAACCGAAAUUGGUAUUAGUACUUCAUCAGUGGUGAACAGUGCUUUGGAAACAUCGACUGGUCAAUCACUGGGAGAGUCAAACACUUCUGGGUUACCUCAAAUAUCGACCAGUAUCCUUGAGUCUUCGGUUUCGUCCCUAUCAAUACCAACGACGACCAUUGAGAUUAUCACAGAUUCCGCUCCUUUACAGUCAGAACCGGCUUCAUCUUUCACAGAUGUAUUGACGCCAAGUGGCUCUUCAGCAAUAACCAGCCUUUUCUCGGGUACUACGAGCAGCAUAUCAAAUGAAAUUACAACAUCUGCAGAAAGUAAUUUGAUAUCGUCUUUUACGUCUCAAGAAACUAGCAGCAAUGUUUUCCAAUCACCAAUUCCAUCUGUUUCAACAACUAAUUCCCUGGAUAUCUCAUCAUUGCCUUCGGCCGCUUCCGAGACCGAGACUAUCAGUGUCACUCAAUCAACGAUUCUUUCUCUCGUGGAAAGUGAGACAUUGCAACCUUCAGAUUCGGUCGCUGCUUCUAGUUUCAUUCAAACUUCCAGUCAGAUUACGUCAGCCGAGAGCAUUGGUAGUUCGGAAACAAUUGGUACAUUAUCGACUCCUAUCACUUCAAUUGCCCUCAGUAGCACGACUGAGUUCCUUGUAUCCACAUCCGAUGGGACUCUCAGUGUUAGCUCUGGAUUAGGUGAAUCUCUUGUAGCUUCUUCGACCUUGACCGGUUCGGAUUUUACUUCAGUCCUCAUACAAUCUACGUCUGAACCAACAUUUGGGUUUUCUACAUCCCUCAGUAGUCUCGAGGAGUCUAUGACGAAUGCCAUUUCUACAACUCUUGGAUUAUCCAGUACUGAACUUCUAUCUGGUACCCCAACCAAUCUUGGAACACAGCUUUCAACCAGUGAGCCCGAGUCCUCAGUUGUUUUGAUAGCCUCAAGUACAACUCUCAUCUCUAUACCUUCUGAAGGAGGUAGCAUUGGCUCAUCCGGCACAACUAUCAUUGAAAGCACUUCUCUGACAACUACCGAGGCUUCCUUAUCAAGCGGUUUGGCGGCUACUCUAACAAGCCUAUUAUCUACUUCAAUUCCGUUGGAAACUUUAACGCUAUCUGCGAGCGACAGUGAAACCUUAUCCAUUACUGAAAUCUCGAGCGUUCUAUCAACGGCAGCAUCAUCAUUUUUGAAAUCUAGUGCAUCAUCAACGCAAAGUUCCGCUUCCUCAAGUCCAUCGGCUUUCUGCGUGGAAGGUACGGGAUCUAGUACCGAGGACAACUCUGACCUCUGUGAAUUUACUUGCAACUUUGGAGUAUGUGCAGAUCCUUGUACAUGUACUGCAUAUGCGGUCUCAGCAGUCGAACCUCCACCCGAGACCAAUACUCGUGGAUAUGCUCUUAGGGAAUUCGAUGCCGAAACAUACGAUCCACUCUGUGACUUUGCUUGUAGUCAUGGAUAUUGUCCUCCUGAUACUUGUACAACUAACUCGGAUCGCUCUCCUAUAUCUUCUAUUUCCUUUUCAGCAACUUCAUUCCCAACUUCUUCGGCGAUUGAAAGCGGCUCUACCUUGUCGGCGAUUCCAUCAACUUCGAUUGAAAGCUCAGAAUCCGAUUCGGCUUCUUCAUUCCAACCUUCAUCGACAGCUGCCGGGUCCAGUACUGGCAUUCCGCCUGUAAAUAACGCGGCAUCUGGUAGUGGGACCUCAAGCACCUUCGAAUCCCAGUCAACUAGUGCCUUGGAAUCUUCUGCAAUAUCGAUAGAUUUGACGACUGAAAUAUUAACCAAUGGAGCAGGUUCUUCCACCGUUUUUGGUGCAUCGAGUGCCACUUUAACCUCAAUACCAUCCGAAUUAUUCAGUGCUACUGAAUCAUCAAUAGAAUCGGUGGUGCCAAGCAGUAUUGAAUCAACCGUUGUCAAUUCUGCUGAAACUUCUGCUGUUUUCACUACGCCGAUCCAAUUAUCCCUACCAGCCUCGACAAAUGGAAUCUCAACCUCUUAUCCUACCUUCAGUGAUAAGGUAAUUACUCCAUCUAUUGCCAUCAGUACCACGUCAGAAGCUUCUAUAUCGAUAUCAAUUGGUGAACCCGAAACUUCUACGCCAUUCAGUGAUGAAAUCAUAACCCCCACAAUUGCUGUUAGCACUACAUUGACUGGAUCAUCCGCAUUGCCAUCAAAUACCGGAUUUGAAACUUCUUCUACUACAUUUAGUGAUGAAAUUAUCAAUCCUUCAAUAGCUAGUAGCACUGCACAAGCUCAAUCCACUAUAUCGGCUUCGAAUACUGGUAUUGAAACGUCUUCAGGCCCUUUCAGUGAGGAAGUUAUCACUCCGUCUACUGCGCCCACUUCGACGUUAUCUUCUGGUACCACCAUUGAAAUCAUAUCCUCCGGUACUCCUGGACUUAUAAGCUCAUCACUAUUACUGGAAGUGACAAGUAUUGUAGACGGAACUUCAGAAUUCCCAUCAAUAACUGGUACAAUAGCUCAGUCUUCAACCGAGUUGAUUGAUAUCGAGACUUCAUCGGGCUCGGGCUCGGGCUCUUUGCCAGCUACCACUUCAUCUCCUUCAGCUGAACUGUCCUCAUCUUUGAGUCUUUCUGCCAGUGAAUCCGGUGCCAUUACCACUUCAAAUACAGGUAUAGAAACAAGUCUUGGGGCUGGAUCCCCGACCCUUGAUUCUUCAUUCGUAACAAGUACUGGUAUAUCAACAAAUGAAGCCACUUCCUUGCCUACCGAGGCUAGUCAAAUUUCCAGUGGCCCAGGAUUUGAAUCUAGCCCUACUAUCAUAUCGACUUCUAGUAUAGAAACCGAAUCCCAGAUUGAAAAUCCAACUCUUACGACUUCAACUCUUCCAAUUGAAGCUUCUCUAAGUGCCAGCACUUCAAUCCUUGAAUCAAAUUCGGCUGCUGUAUCAACGAGUGGAAUUGAAUCCACCGGAACAACAGCUCCAAUAGUUGGGAACUUGGAAUCUGGGACUUCAUUUGGAGCCUCGGAAACACUCAGUAGUACUAUAUUGUUAUCAGUAAUCACGGAAGUUGGUACACUGACGAGUGGAUUCUCAAUUUUACCAACCGAAGUCUCUGCUAGUUUGAGUGGCUCAAAUAUUGGAACAAGUCUGCCUUCUGAGCCUAGUCCUACAGGUGGUGUAUCAAGCACUGCACUUCAAUCUACAUUGAGUGUUGAGACCUCGGAAAGUAUCGGUGGAGUAUCUGAAUCUUUAAUUGAGACCGCCAGUGUUUUGAGUAGUACUGGUGCAAGCACGAUUGAGUCUGCGAAUCCGACUGAGACUUCCAUUGCCUCCCAAAGUUCCGGUGCUGGGAGUCAAUUGCUUACCACGAGUAUUCCUGGGUUGUCAGCACUGCCAUCUACUUUAGUUGGAAGCUUUAGUCUCAUGGAAAGUUCCGGGAUCAUAUCAAUUCCAUCGGUUCAAUCUACAGAUUCCGUGAUUGAGACUCAAUCACAGACCGCGAUCAUUUCCAGCGAGUCCGGAGUUCCAUCAAAUUCAGUCCAAAAUCCCGGAUCCACAAUAACUUCAUCUUCCGAGGUUGAAAGUCUAUCGGCAGCUCCAAGUACCUUGCCUUCAGGGAUACCUUCAAGUACGAUAGAAAAUUCCUUAAUUUCUUCUGUUCAGUCUGUUCAAUCUUCAUUGCCUGUAGUUGAGCCUUCUACAGCCGCCGCCAGCAGUCUCCUUUCUUCGGAAUUAUCAUCCCAACAGCCCCAGAUAUCUUCCAUUGCUUCGAUAAUACCAUCAUCUGUGGCCUCACAGUCUGAAAUUUCUUCCACCGUUGAAGAACUCUCAACUGUGGGCACGCUCAUUUCUCUCUCAUCUACGAUUGCUGGAUCUGAAAGCUCUUCCGACAUUGUUCUGAGCACAAGUUCAGGUGCCGUCUUAUCUGAAUCCUUCUCCAUUAGCCUUUCCCAGCUCCCAUCGUUUACGAGUGGAGAAAUUGCCACCAGCUCUUCGGCUGUUCAAGCCAGUAGCACAGUUGGUAGCAGCAUUCCAAUUGUUGGAAACAUUGGCUCGGGAACUUCCCUUCAAUUCUCAGCUUCGGAAACAUCUCUAUCCGUCUUGCCAAGUUCCUUGACAUCGGAUCUUAGUUCUACUUCCGAACCCAAUUUUUCUUCCACCGCUUCCUUGAGAAAUACAGCGCCUUUGGAGACACUCAUUGAAACCUCAUCAUCGAUACCCGAGCUUACUUCUAGCUCAGAGAGUACACUUCCAAAUACUGGAGGAUCACAAGCUAUAUUUUCGACAGAAUCACUUGCCAUUAGCCCAACUAUUGGCUCGGGGUCUCAAUCUAGCUCUCUACAAACAACUUUUGAUUCUGAAGUUAUCUCAUCCACGCAACCUUUAUCCUCUGUUACCCUUCCGAGCACUGGACUUGCAACUGAGGUUCCCUCAUCAUCACAAGGUAUAUCUUCAGUGGCAACUUCAACUCAGCUAGGUGAAUUUUCGUCAACGAUUUCCAGUUUACAAACCGUGGAAACAUCUUCAUCAGCACAACAAGGUCUCUCUUCGACAGUAUUGAUUGAGCCAUCUCAGCCAGCUAUAUCCUCCGACUUGACCGGAAUUGCAUCAUCUGAAAUCUUAAGUGCAAGUGCAACAAUCACAAGCCUUGAGACCACCGUGAUCCUGACAGUUAUUUCGACAUCUGCAUCUGAUUUUGGUUCCGAAUCUGAAUCAAUUACGGCUUCAUCUACUACUGAUAUCCUAGUGUCGAUAGUUCCAAGUCUUUCUGCUUCGGCCUCUCAGAUAAAUUCGGAAUCUUCAACUAGUUUAGUAAAUUCAGGCUUAGAGUCAACCACGAUAUCGACUUCAGAGUCCAAUUUGCAUAGCACGGCUUCGUCGUCAAUACUCAAUGAAUCUGUACUUCCUGAAGCAUCCUCGACAGAAGGGCUUUUAGGUACAUUUGUCCCAAGUGCUUCUCAGACAAGUCUUGAAGAAAUUACAUCUUCAAGCAGUUUCCCUUCGAGUACAUUAUCAUCGGAGUCUUCCUCUACUAUCGAAUCGCUCUCAUCCGCCAGUGAAACUGGAACCGGUAUACCUCCCAUCAACAAUGUAGUAACUGGAAGCACUAGCACCAGUACCUCAUUUGAGACCACAUUGCCAGCUUCCGAAGCCCAGGUAUCCAGCACUGAACCACCAUCUGUGGCCUCCAGUACACAGGGUUUAACAGAUUUGAGCGGUCUACCUCUUGGUACAAGUAUAAAUCCAUCGCUCUCCACCCUGGAAUCAGCAAGUAGUUCUAGUACAGAGUCAGUAUCAAGCUCUGGUUUUCCUAGCAUAACGAUAUUCAGUUCAAACCCCUCGCCAUCGACUACACUCUCUGGUGCAUCUGCUAGUGCAACGUCAUCAUUCGAUUACAUUGGCUGUUCUUCAAACUCAACAGGCACCCUAGAUGGCCCAACAACAUACUCAUCGGAUAUGACACCAGCUAUCUGCUCAAUUAUUUGUUCUGAAUACGAAUACUACGCAGUUGAGAGUGGGGUUAAGUGUGUAUGUGGCGAUAAUAUAGAGUCAGGUGGUAUCUUGUCAGGUGCGAAUUGCACCACCACGUGUGGGGAUGGCAAUGGUACUUCAUCUUGUUCAUCGGCAUCAGCAUCUGCUAGUGCCUCUACACUGGUAACAGUACUAAGGCCUAGAAAUAUUGCAGCUACGGGGAGGUAUCCUAAGAGGUGGUAA